GUGACACAGGCAGCAGUUUGACACCUCCGCUUCCCCCAGCAGACGCGCUCACAUCAGCGGCUAAAGCUCCCCCGGACCCGCAGGAGACGGACCGCGAUGGCGACCGGUGACAGCACGGAAACUUUCGAGUCGUGGCUCAACCAGGCCACAGACCCAAAUAAUCAGGAGGACAGAUGGGACUGCAUCCAGGGCUUCUACCAGCUUGUAAACCAGGAGACUGAAGGGCCACAGGUAGCCACUCGUCUUCUUGCUCAUAAAAUCCAGUCCCCACAGGAGAAAGAGGCUCUGCAGGCACUGACCGUUCUGGAGGCAUGUAUGAACAACUGCGGGAAGAGGUUCCACAGCGAAGCCGCCAAGUUUCGCUUUCUCAAUGAGCUCAUCAAAGUAUUAACCCCAAAGUACUUCGGCGCGUGGACUCCUCAGAAUGUUAAAGACAGAGUGACAGAGGUCCUCUAUGGCUGGACGCUCUGGCUUAAAGAUGAACCCAAGAUUCAGGAAGCCUACAGAAUGCUGAAGAAACAAGGUAUUGUGAUGAAAGAUCCCAAACUACCAGACACACUCAUAAUGGCUCCUCCACCACAAAGAACCACAGAAUCUGUUUUCGACCAGGAGGACAAAGCCAAGCUGUUAGCCAGAUUACUGAAAAGUGCCCGUCCGGAAGACCUGGAAACUGCAAACAGACUCAUUAAAAGCACCAUCAAAGAGGAGCAGGAGAAGGCAGAGAAAGUGCUGAAGCGCGAAUCUACUCUGAAGGAGGUGGAGAGCAGUACCAAGCAGCUCAGAGAGCUGCUGGACCAGCACACGAUCAGUGGAACCGCGUUACAGCCCAGUGAUGAUGUGAAGGCCUUGUACGAGAGCUGUGACCGGCUGAGGCCCAGCCUGUUUCGCCUGGCCAGCGAGACGAUGGACGACGAUGCUGCUCUGGCACAGAUCCUGGCGGCUAACGACGAGCUAACACUUGUAGUAAACAGCUACAAAGACCUGGUGGGGAGAAGAGAGUACAAUGGUGAAAGAGAAAGAAGUAAAAGUGAGGAAGGAAAGAUGGGUAAAAACAGUGUGCCUACGAGUCCCAGAGAGAUUAAAAGCUACCACCUCAUCGACCUGUCAGCACUGGACUCUCCACAGACUCGCAGAAAAGCUGAUUCACCACCAUCCUUCGAAUCCUCUUCACCCCUUUUCCCCUCUCAUCUGGAGAACGCUUUCCAUCCAGUACCUGACCAAGAUUUUCCUGAAUUAGAGUUAGAUAAUAAGGUCUCGAAAGGGACUCGAGAGACUUCAAAGUCUUACUAUGAGGAACUUAUGCAGCUUAAUGGAGACAUCCAGAAGAAGAAUGAUGAGCAAAACGGAGGGAGAGGUGUUUUGCUGAGAGCUCGUGGAUGUUUGGAGAGCAGUACUACAUCAAACGGGACUAAUAUUUGGUCACUCCCUCAAAAUCAGCAGUUCACAGGAUCGGGAUCACUGUACCACACACAGCCAAAUGAAGUGUCUGGGGAGAGCUUGUGUUCGCCACAAUUACUGAAAAACAUCUUUGUUCCAAUGGAAGCCAUCAAAUCCAGUCAGCUGGAGCCGAUCACAUUAUACGACCAGAGCGGUGUCCAUGUAUCUCUCCAUUUUGCCAAAGACUCUCCGCCAGGCCAUCCAAGUGUUGCUGUGGUCGUCAUCUCCACAGUGAACACCUCUUCACUUGAUGUGAAAGACUUCCUGUUUCAAGCUGCCGUUCCAAAGAUCAUGCUGGUGAAACUUCAACCUGCCUCAGGGACACACCUACCUCCUUACAAUCCUCUCCUGCCUCCACCUGCCAUCUCUCAGGUUGUCCUACUGGCUAAUCCUCACAAGCGUAAGGUGCGUCUACGCUACAAGCUGACACUGACGCACGGAGACCAACAGCUGAACGAGACCGGAGAGAUCGACAACUUCCCAGACUGGACCUCUUUGAUUGGCCACUAGAAACUUCAUACACUUGGAUUUAAAAAAAAAACUGCACAGGACCUGAAAUCUAGGUUUUGAGUGCAGAGAGAGUUAAGUGGACCC